AUGCCGGACUCUGAGAACUUUUACUAGCCGCUUCACAAGGUAUAAAUAGUGUAGUUUCAAUUGACAAAAACCAGCAGUUACCAAGUUGAAUUCCAAUAGCAAACAUCUCUGUCAACUGAUACAUCAGCUCAUUUUUGUCGAAAAUGGCACUAAAGAUGAUGUUACUUGGUUUGAUGGUGGUUGCGGCAUUGGCUAAACCCGAGCUCGAAGCAGAGGAAUCUGCAGAUCCUCAAUAUUAUUCUAAAUAUGAACCCAAAUAUCCUUCUUAUCCUAAACCCUCGUACAAACCUUCGUAUCCCGCACACCCCGCAUACCCUGAUUACAAGCCAAGUUACGACCAUUCUUACAAAAAAGAGAAUUAUUAUUGCGAUCCCCGGACUCCACCCAAGUGCGCCAACGCAUCAGCCACUUUCUGCCUUAGCGAUUACGAAUAUCCCGCUCAAGACAUUCAGUACGCCAUCGAGUACGACCCGCUGGUGUUGAAGAAAUACGCGGAUGUUGCUGUCCAAUCAGCUGAUAACUUGAUUGCUGGUGUCACUGCAUUGCAAGAGAAAAACUUUGAUUAUUCCCACUACAAAGGCAAGUUUUAUGAAGAAGGCAACUGGGUUGGAGGUGAAGGUUACAUCUGCCCCAGCGACGUCAUUUACGCUCGCCCUAAACGCGCUUUGAAUGUCGAUGGUGAGUGGCGCGUGAUUGUUCAAGACGUCGCCUACUACACCCAAACCCAGCGCGUCGAGACUUGCUUGUUCGCGGGUGCAUCUUGCCGUACUUUGGCUCCUUGCCAUCGCAGUUCCUGUGUCCAGAAAUACGUCUACCAUCGUAUGCUUUCCUUCGAUCCUUGCAAUACCUACAGAGGCCUGUUCAUUGACAUUUUCAAAUUGCCAUCCGCCUGCUCCUGCCGCAUUCCCGCCUAAUUCCUCGAACCCACUUGUGACUUGGAAAAAAUCAGGCUCUUGUUACGAACAAUGACCUGAGAAAUCACUUUUAUGUAAGUUGUAACUCUACUUGCGUCAUUCCCUAUGAAUACGAAUUUUGUUUGGAUGUUUAAAACGGAACUGUAUAAUUUGAAAUAAUAUGUUAAUAUAAUCAAUCCAACGCAAA